AUGGCUACGAGGGCAAGCUUUUCAUUAACAACAUCAUUCGCACCAUUAACGCCGCAAGAUCGUUGCACUAUGUGUGAAGAACGAAAAUUUGAUGUAACUUGUACAUGUGGUGAUAAAUUUGAUUUUAAUUGUAUUCAUCAACAUAUAGAACAAGUCGGAGCCGAAAUUGAAGAUAACGUUCGAAAAACAUAUGAAAAAUUAAAAGAAAUUUCUGCAUUAGAAGAUCCAACCAACGAAACAUCUAACGCUGAACAAAUAAUCAUUGAUAGUUGGAAGCGUAAACGUAUACAAGAUAUCAAUGAUAUUGUCGAUGAGUUUUCUAACAAAGUUCAACAACGAAAAGAGAUUUUCAAAGAUAUUCCAAACAUUCGAGAAAAUUUUGAAGUAAUAUAUAAUCAAAUGAAUCAACCAACACAUGAAAAUUUAAAUAGUCUCAUUGAAUAUCAAUGUCAAAUAACAAAUGCUCUUGACGAUUAUCAAACCGGACAAGAAAGAAUUCAAGAUGAUACGAAACUAGAUGCGGCAUUAAUCUCAAAAAUAAAUCCGUCAAUAUUACAAACAAAUGUAUGUUCACCGCUAUCAAAUAUGAACAAUCAUGAAUUAAUAACAAUUGAAACUGAACAACGAGAACCUGUAUCAAAUGAUGAAAGAAUAUCUGAUACAGACAUGCGAAGAUCUUUAGAAUUAACAACUCUAACUAGUUCACAAGAAACAUUACUUGGAAUAAGUACACACGAGCCAACAGAUGCAUUUUUAGCACGUGAAUGUACAAUCACAACUAAUUCACAUGAAUUACCAACUCCAACAAGUUCAUAUGAUCAAACAGCUGUACCUGAAGAAAUACGGGAGUUAGUCAAUACAGAUACGACACAGCAAACAACGAGUACAACUGAAAACCGUGAAUCGGUCAGAGUCAAUGGAAAUAGUAUCAAUGAUGCUAAUACUACAAAUCAUGAAGAAUUUGACGCUGGUUUAACACGUCAAAUUCAACGUGCUAAUUCUAUAGUGAUUCCUCUAGCUAAUGAUAAAUAUGCUGGCACUCUUUGUUGUCAUGAUAAUCAGUUACUUUACAAUGAAAUCGAUUCAACAACCCAAAAAUUUCGUUUAGUUUUCAUAUCUGACAUAAAUGAUGUGAAAGCACAACAGUUUAUUGAAUGGCGAGAACCUGAUGUAACACAUGUCGCUGGUGAUAAUGAAUGGAUUCAAGAUAUUAUAUAUUCGACUAAAUUAGCAGGCUAUUUAAUACUUAAUCGUUCACGCUUGCGUCUAUUUACAGAUACUUCAAUGCAGCUUACUGAAUACUAUUUAUUUCCAGACCGCACUAUGAAACGAUUAUCAUGUAGUGAAACAAGCAUUUAUUUAAUAGUUUCUCAAAAUGCAAUCAGUUAUAAUGGUGAUGAAAUUAUUGUAAUGCAUUAUGAUAAAGACGAACAAGUAACUAAAACAUUUCGUGAUAUAAUGCCCAAUCAAAUCAAUCGAGGAGCUGGACCAAUAGUUGGAGAAAUAACUGAUUUAACUGUGAUGCCGAAUGAACAAAUAGCACUUGGUUAUCGUUUAGAACGUCGUCAUGAAGUCGGAAUUUGUGUAUUUAACGUUUCAAACGACAAUAAAAUCUGGUCAUGCAUUAAACGCUUAUUGCUUCAUGAGUGUUGGCAUCAAGAUUCAUCAUAUACGCCAAGAAUGGAUUGGUGUGCAACAUUAAAUGUAGUUAUUUUGAUUGAAUAUAUGACAGGCCAUUUGAUCAUGCUUGAUCCUAGUUGUGAAGUUAACGGUGAAUGUCGUUUUAUGAAUGUUGAAAAUCAAAAGGAAUCACCGAUUAAUUUAACUCUAUCAACAAAUAAUUGGUUUUGCACACGAUUUCCAUCAUCCAUUAAUAUUUAUAAAAUUAUUUCAGAGUAG